AUGUCUACGAAAUCGCCAUUCCCCUUCUCCAGAGAGAACUUGGAGCAGGUGUUGAAGAGAAGAUUCUUCUUUGCACCAGCAUUUGAAAUUUACGGUGGAGUCUCUGGUUUGUACGACUACGGUCCUCCAGGAUGUGCAUUCCAAGCCAACAUCGUCGACACUUGGAGAAAACACUUUAUUUUGGAGGAGGACAUGUUGGAGGUCGACUGUACCAUGUUGACUCCACACGAGGUGUUGAAGACCUCUGGUCACGUUGACAAGUUUGCUGACUGGAUGUGCAGAGAUUUGAAGACUGGAGAGAUUUUCAGAGCUGACCACUUGGUUGAGGAGGUUUUGGAAGCCAGAUUGAAGGGUGACAAGGCCGCAAGAGGCCAGGCCAUCACUGAGGAGGAGGAUGAGGACAAGAAGAAGAGAAAGAAGAAGGUUAAGGAGAUCAAGAACAUCAAGUUGGAUGACGAAGUUGUCAAGGAGUACGAGACUGUGUUGAACCAGAUUGACGGUUUCUCCGGCCACCAGUUGGGUGAGUUGAUUGUCAAAUACAACAUCACCAACCCAGCUACUGGAGGACCAUUGGAGCCACCAGUGGAGUUCAACUUGAUGUUUGAGACUGCUAUUGGUCCAUCUGGCCAAUUGAAGGGUUUCUUGAGACCAGAAACUGCCCAGGGUCAGUUCUUGAACUUCUCCAAGUUGUUGGAAUGUAACAACGAGAAGAUGCCAUUUGCUUCAGCUUCCAUUGGUAAAUCUUUCAGAAAUGAGAUCUCUCCUAGAGCUGGUUUGUUGAGAGUUCGUGAAUUCUUGAUGGCUGAGAUUGAGCACUUUGUUGACCCAGACAACAAGAACCACCCAAGAUUCGAUGAGGUUAAGGACACCAAGUUGAGCUUCUUGCCUAAGGAUGUCCAGGAGGCUGGCUCUAACACUUUGGUGGAGAAGACCAUUGGCGAGGCUGUGGAGACUGGUAUGGUUGACAACCAAACUUUGGGUUACUUCAUUGCCAGAAUCUUCUACUUCUUGUUGAAGAUCGGUGUGGACCCAUCCAGAUUGAGAUUUAGACAGCACUUGUCCAACGAGAUGGCUCACUACGCCUCUGACUGUUGGGAUGCUGAGUUGCAGACCUCUUACGGUUGGAUCGAGUGUGUUGGAUGCGCCGACAGAUCCGCCUACGACUUGAGUGUCCAUGCUAAGAGAACCAACGAGAAGUUGGUUGUUAGACAGGCUUUGCCAGAGCCAAUCACUGUCGAAAAGUUCGAAGUCGACAUCGACAAGAAGAAGUUCGGUCCCAAGUUCAGAAAGGACGCCGGUGCCGUUGAGAAGUUCUUGACUCUGAGAACUGAGUGUGAGUUGGAGGACUUAGGUGAGGAGUUGAAGGCUAACGGUAAGAUCGUCGCCAAGGUUGACGGUAUUGAGAGCCCAGUUGAAAUUGACGGUGAGCUUGUCAAGAUCGCCAAGGUAAAGAGAACCGAGCACAUCCGUGAGUUUGUUCCAAACGUCAUUGAGCCAUCUUUCGGUAUCGGCCGUAUUAUCUACUCCAUCUUCGAGCACCAGUUCUGGGCCAGACCAGAGGACAAGGAUAGAAGCGUGUUGUCUUUACCUCCAUUGGUCGCCCCAACCAAGGUGUUGGUUGUUCCAUUGUCUUCUCACGCCGACUUGUUGCCUCUUGUGAAGAAGAUCACUUCUGUGUUGAGAAAGGAGCAGAUCCCAUAUAAGGUGGAUGACUCAUCUGCCUCUAUUGGUAAGAGAUACGCCAGAAACGAUGAGGUUGGUACUCCAUUCGGUAUCACUAUCGACUUUGACACUGUCAAAGACAACUCGGUCACUUUGAGAGAGAGAGACUCCACCAAACAGGUGAGAGGUUCUCUUGAGGACAUCAUUGAGGCUGUCAAAAACAUUACCUAUAAUGGUGUGUCUUGGGCUGAGGGUACUACUAAGCUCACUCCAUUCGAAACUCUGGCUGAGGAGGCUUAA